CACCCCUCGCCGCCCGGAGCCCGGAUGAAGAGUAACGCCAUUACCGCCGGAGCUGCCGAGAGCCCUCGCGGACGGGGUCUGGACGUCGGACCGGUCGCGCCAUGAGGUUCCUUCCCCGCCUGCUUCUGCUCCUCCUGCUUGUGUUCCCCGCCACGCUGCUGCUCCGAGGCGGCCCUGGAGGCUCAUUAGCAGCGGCUCAAGAUCUUACGGAAGAUGAAGAAACAGUGGAAGAUUCUGUAAUUGAAGAUGAAGACGAUGAGGCAGAGGUAGAAGAAGACGAGCCCACAGAUUUGGUUGAAGAUAAAGAGGAAGAAGAUGUAUCUGGGGAACCCGAAGCCUCACCGAGUGCAGAUACAACCAUCCUGUUUGUGAAAGGAGAAGAUUUUCCAGCAAAUAACAUUGUGAAGUUCCUGGUAGGCUUUACAAACAAGGGUACAGAAGAUUUUAUUGUUGAAUCUCUGGACGCCUCAUUUCGAUACCCUCAGGACUACCAGUUUUACAUCCAGAAUUUCACAGCUCUUCCUCUGAACACUGUAGUGCCGCCCCAGAGACAGGCCACUUUUGAGUACUCUUUCAUCCCUGCAGAGCCCAUGGGCGGACGGCCCUUUGGUCUGGUCAUCAAUCUGAACUACAAAGAUCUGAAUGGCAAUGUAUUCCAAGAUGCUGUCUUCAAUCAAACAGUUACAAUUAUUGAGAGAGAAGAUGGGUUAGACGGAGAGACAAUCUUUAUGUACAUGUUUCUGGCUGGCCUUGGGCUCUUGGUGGUUGUUGGCCUUCAUCAGCUCCUAGAAUCGAGAAAGCGCAAGAGACCCAUACAGAAGGUAGAGAUGGGUACAUCAAGUCAGAAUGAUGUUGACAUGAGCUGGAUUCCUCAGGAAACUUUGAAUCAGAUCAAUAAAGCUUCACCAAGAAGGUUGCCCAGGAAACGGGCACAGAAGAGAUCAGUGGGAUCUGAUGAGUAAAUGUUCUUUGUGCAACAAUUCGGUCUUUACGUAACCUGCCCUAAUGUUUUUCGGCCUGAUGGGAAUUAGUGCAGAGAAGCCGUGUCACCAUAGGCGGCAGCUACUACCGUGUGUGGACUGAGCAGAGUCUGUGGCGAUAAUAUUGCUGAAAAUGCACUGCAUUUAUUUUUCUAAAGUAACAAAUUUGGUUUUUUUAAACCAUUAAAAUCUGUGUGUGUGCGUGUGCAUGUAUGCGAGCGGUUGGUCUUACGAGAGUCAUUGUUGGACUCCCUGCAGCGUGCCUUAAGAAUACCGACUGUAAUGCUGUUGUCUCUUCCUUUUGGACAUUUUCCCCCAAAACUUGGUAUUUGCCCAAGAUGAUUACAGAUGUCCUGCCGUGGACUGAUUAAAGAAAACAAUUGUUUCUUCCUUAGACUAGCUCAAGUCCCGACUGCUAGCACAGAUUAGCACACUGUUUGUCUUUCAUCUAGUAUUCUCGAGGCACGCGCAGGGGUGGCUGCUUUUUAGCACUAGAAUUGUUUUGGUACUUUGCUGCUGUUUCCUGUAAUGUGCACCUUCAGAAAACUUCCCAAAUGAGUGCAAGGAAUUUGGGGAUCUCUAGUACCAAGAUUGUGAAACAUGAAAAUUCUGAUUUUGAUAUAUAAAACCAACCCCUCUUGUUUUCUUUUUAAAAAAAAAAAAAGGGAAAUGGUACAUUUAUAGAAACGGAGUUGGUGUCCAUUGUUCUAUUUCUGACCCGAGAUAGCUCUGGGAUGAGCUUUUUUUUUUUAAGAGAUCAUAUUAGAAGCAUCUUGCUUAAGAAAAGUUGCCUUGGUCUACAGACUAAGCAAAAUUCCGACUAACCCUAAUGUAGUAAAGAGUUGGAGAAUUUUUAAUGGUUAAUCAGUUAUGUUUUAUCUGAUCUUUUGGGUAUUUUGGUUGUUGGUAAAAAAAUUUUUUUUUGGUCUGAAGAAUUCCCAAUUUUUAAGCACUUAAGAUCUCAGAACCAAAAUUAAUUGGACUUCAUAAAAUUCCUCUUAGUUACCUUUGCCCUAGGUAGUAAAUUAAGUUUGGCAUUAUUGUCAGACUGGAUAGGUGGAACAGUAAAAUAGUGUGAACAAAUGAGAGGCUUUUCCCCUCUGUCUCUAAGCCAUAUUCUCCCGUGUAUAUUUUGUACGGAAAUGGUAAGUGAAAUUUUAGUGGCUGUUUAAUUACUGAUAAUGUCUUCAUUAUAAUGAACUGACCCCCCUUUAUUAUAGUCCCCACCUGCACCCAAGCCCACACAAAAAAAAACAGAACACGCAUAUGAAAAAUCUUUCCAGGUUGUUGAAGUAUUUAAACAUCUGAGCCAAAGCCAAUGACAAUAAAACAGAAGUUACUGUAUAGCUGUUAAUUGCUUUGCAAGUAGGGGCUGAGGUGUCGAGUGAACUAUAUUGGCAGUGCUGAGCUGUACACUUCCUGCACCUGUCAUGUCAAGUGUUGAGUUUUUAAUUAGGCUGGAUGAUCAGUAGUUUAUUUUGAAAAAGCUCUGUGAGCUCUCGGAAACUGCAUGAGUUUUUGUUUGAUGUAACGUAGGAGACCCUCCACCUUCUCAAGGAAUGGAUUUCAGAACACUGUUGUGAACGUCCAAGUCUGUGAAAGUAUAGGACCUAGUGAAGUGAGGUGUGACUACAGAAGUUCAGUGACCUCCGUGGAGCGUUUCCGAAUUCCUGGUGGCCCGCAGGCGGUGCGAGGCCACGCCGGGUACUAGCCCGCCCACUUCUGAGCUUCACGGUAGUGCUUACUGUGUUCUAUUUUUUAGCAUAGGUUGGGAACACUUAAACGCCUCGGUCCUCGGAGGCCGAGGUCUCUGUAGUGUCAGUGUUAGCAGAAACUAACUCCAUAAUGAAUGGAAUUCAAUUCCACACAUGGUUUGUUCAAGCACACUUAAUAAGUAGCCUGUUUUUUAAAUGUCUUUUUUAAAUGUAAAUAUAUGGAUGAAGUUUUUGUUUUGAUAUAUUAAUUUGCUACACCAACCAUGGUUUCAGAAUUCACCUUUUGAACAACUUGGUUCCAGAGUCUGUAAAAUGAGCUGAAAAACUUGUGUAUCAAGCCUGUCCUGGGGACGUGAGAGAUGGCGUGUUCAUAAAGCAUGGAUCUCACCUUGGUUGUGCAGCCGCAUCAUUCAUUCCAUGGCCUCACGUAGGAGGUGACUUGUAAGACUCUGCCUGCCCCCUUGGGUGGGAGGGACCUGGGACUUCCAAGGAGAAGCCUGAGGAAAGAACACGUUGGAAGGCGGGGGCUGUGGCUUGACUUUAGCGAAGUUUUUAAUUUUAAAUAAGCUUCAGAAAAUAGUGACUUUGAAAAGUCAAAUUUAGAUCUUAAAAAACAAAUUUAAAAGCCACUGCAAAGGUGUGUUUGCAGUGCAUCAGCCUGAAAUUGUUUUAGCUCUGCUGGGAAGCAGCAGAUGGUGGUGGCUUGACACUGAAAUCUUUCUCCAAUGACUUGUGUCAUUUUGGAGCUAGAGGAAUAGAUAAAUGUGCUAAAACGUGAGGCUGCUGUACAGCGCGCAUCCCCUGUGAUACUGUCACAUCCACGCCCUUGGUGUGAAGAACAUUUAUUUGGUUAUUAGCACAUUUAAAUAAUGUACUUUUUUUAAACCCUGAAACUUGGCAAUACCAUCAUUCCUACAAGAUUUUGAUAAGUGAUACCCAUGAAUUUAAAGACAUUUCCAGAUACACUUGAAGUAAUUUAUCACAGUUUGGGACAGCAUCAUUUAUAGCUAUAAAAUUAGUAAAUUUGCUCUAGUUGAGUAAAAUCCUAUUUUUCUUUGAACCAGCACCCGCAGCUCGGUGACGAGCAGCGUCACACACGCACAGAACCCUGGUGUCGGUGUGAGUGGAGCGCAGGGCCUGCUGUCCAGCUCACAUGUCCCUGAGCCCAUCGUCCUUAGAAGGUGACAGGAGGGAGGAGCAGAACUGGGAACUGGCUUGUAAACAUCUAAAUUUCUUUAGGACUCUUAGGAUUUUAUCGUUUUUCCUUUACACAAAAGCCUGGAUUUUACUGUAGUUAAGUGUCUGAAGUUUUGGAGUUUUUCUUUUAGACUUCGGCAUCACACAGGAAUACGACCCUUAAGGUCUGGAUGCCGUUGAGCUGCAUCUUAAGGCAGGAGGAAAACAAUUCAUUUGCUAAGCGUCUGCCACGCGCUGUGCUGUGCUGGGCCUUUCCUGUCUCACAAGCCUUCACAACAGCCCACUGGCAGGAGGUGACACUGUUCUCGUUUAUACGCGGGGAAAAAAGCAGCAGCUCCCGAGUUGAAGCAGCUUGUGCGAGGCUGUACGUUAAGUGUGGAUUCACACCUGUCUUACUCGAAAACUCCCCUGUUCUCUCUUCUGCACCGUGUUUAAGAGGGAACUGCAAAACCAAGCGUUUGGUUUACAAAGCUUACAAAUAGUUGAUUUUCCAGAAUCCAGCAACUGGCAAGUUCACAUUUAACCUCGUAGUUAUUUAUUUCAAAAUCAUGGCCUUUAAAACCAUUUUCUUCAAGGUAGACUUUCUAGUUUGAUUGGAUUUUCAAGGAUUGUAAGAUUCAGCUUCGUGUUAGAGGUGAGACUAAAGCCUCUCUGUUCCUGGGUCAUUUAGCCAGACAGGGUGGGGGCUGGGGUCUUUCUGUUCAAGUAGGAACUUCCCUCAAGAGGCACAAUGGAGCACUAAAAAGAAAGUCUGGGGUCACCCAGAGAACACAUGAAGGACAGGCCUUAUUUCAGGUCCGCAGAUCACAGCUGCAGGUGACCUGACUAGGCCUUGCUCCCCCGCUGUCCCUCGUGCAGACUCUGUUAACAUACCUGUGACGACGGGCCCCCUUGGCGUGGCCGUCCCUCUGCCCGGGUGCGGGCUCUGUAUCCUGCUGGCCUCCUUUACAGUCGUGGCGUGGAAACCUGUCACGGGGGUUUAAAGAAGACAAGACGACGUGGGCAGGUUUUCAUUGCUCAGAGGUGGUCCGCUGGUCACCCAGGGGCACUGGCAGCCCUGUGAGGUUGAACAGAGAUGGGGGUGGCGUGCGGGAAGCCUGGGGCCAGGCUGCAGUCAGCCUGGCCGCUGACCAGCAGUGACCUGGAGAAGGCAGCUCAUCUCUGGACUCCCGGUUGGUUCUUUUUAAAUUGAAAAAUACUUGACGUGCCAGUCCCAGACUGUGUGAUAGGUACCUCUGCCUAGUACAAUGUUACUAAGUGGUUCUUCCCUGGAAUCUAGCUUACUUGGCUAAAGGAAAGGGACUAAGGUGUGGAAUGGACUCGCGUCAGACUGCCUGGGUUCAAAUCCCAGCUCCCCCUUCUUAGUUGGAGGCACUGGGCCUCAGCUUGGGGAGCCUGCCUCCUGGGGUGGCAGGUGCCUAGAACGUGGCCUGGCCCCCAGGGGGCCAUGUGAGCGACUGAGCAGCGCCUGCUAACGGCACCCCAGGACGCGUACGAGAGAGGGUGUGGCUGCCACCUGCUGGACUUCAGUGUGGAGCCAUAGGUAAAAUCUACUGAACAAAAAAGUUAAAGUGCUUCCUAAUUAAAAAGCCUUAAUUAAGGUGGGCGUGGAAGGCGGCUGGCUCUGUGGAUUUAAUGAUGAACCCGAGGACUAGGGCUGCCAAGGGGUGUCUGUGCUCGUACUAGGUCUGCAAGGACCUGCAUCCCAGUCCAGAAUCACCUUUUCCAGAAACUUGGAGAGGCUGGACGUGUCCCCGUGACGCCAGGGCUAUUCAGAAGAGUUUUGAGACUCCUCUCAGUUCCUUAAACCCUCAGGCCAUGAGCCACCCAGAGAUUGUUGGCCUUGCAUUUUUGCAGAAAUCCAGCCGUCUGGUCACCCACUUUAAUCACAGUUGUCAAAAUAGGUGUUCAAGUUCUAAAAGCAUUUUAGAAAGGAGUGUGAGAUGUUCUAGUCAGGGAUCGGGGUUGAGUAGGGUUCUGUCAAGCAUCUGCCCUGGGCUCUUCCACACAGAUGCGCAUUAAUCCUCACCCCUGGCCCCCGGACAACCCUGUCCAUCUGCCCAGAGGCACCCCUGCCGCACGCCUGGCCCAGAGCUGUCGCGGGGAGGAGGUUCACAGGUGCGCACCGAAUCCUCACCUGCGCGCUGGUCGCGGCGCUCAGAUUUGCUUGAUGUUUCUUCCUCUGAGGCGGGUCCCUGCUGCGUCUGCUUCAACGCGGUGGUGGCCGGGAGUCACGGCACCCGUGUCAGUGCUCUGGGAGGCGGCUCUCUUCAGAGGCCCCGCGAGAGCAGAGCAGGCCCGCGGCGCCCCUCCCACCCCUGGGCAGUUUAUUGUUGGAGCUGAGGGUCCUCCCGGGUCUUGCGUUUUACAUCUCAUCAUGGCUGAGGGACCUUUUCAGGGCUAAAUACUGAUUCUGUCUUUAUAAAAUCCGCCCCUACAAGCUGGUGGCACUCUGUGCCCACGGAGGGGAUGAGUGCUGGAUCUUGACUGCGCAGCUGGAUGCCUCCGGGGAACGAGUCGGGUUGGCCCUGAAGCCCUGUCGUUUCAGGAACUAGGGGUUAAGGGUCUGCCCCGGCUGCUGGCCCGGCCGGCCGUGUCUGCCGCGAGGGCUUUCCUGUGCCCGGACGCCCACCCGGGGCGCUCAGAGCUAGGCUUGGGUCCUGUCACCAGGUCGCCUGGUUCCCGGGAGACGAGCAUGCAGGCCCCUGCCCGGCGUCCUCAGCACCUCGGCCCCAGCGUGUCGUGCCCGCCUGUACCGGGGCCCUCCCGCCCUCUGCCCUGCGCAGCGCGUGGCCCUGCAGCUGCACCCUGUGCUCUCUCGGCUUCCUUUUCUUCAUUGGGCCGUCAGUCUUCCAACUUUCAACUUAGAUUCUAACCCCAGGGAUCCUCUUAGGACCGAACGCUGCCGCCUGGCCACUUCCGGGGCUCUGUCCCCAGCCCCCGCCUGCGCGCCUGCGCCCUGGACACCGGCCUCGGUUCUGUGUCGUUCUCACGGCCGGUGAUUCAGUUUCACUUAAUUUUUUAUUGUAACCCCAGACCAACAAGUCACACUUACUUCUCUCCUUAAAUCUCUCCCUCUGACUUCCUGUCCUUCAGUAACGAGACGCCCGUUUAUCCAGCGUCACAGAGGCCCACGUAGUCAAUACAUGCUUAGAUUUUACCUCUGCAAGGAACGAAAUUAGACUUCAGCUCUCUCCCCCCCAUUUCAAAAUCUUAACAGUUUUAAGAACUUUUCAGAAAUCUGAAUCCGUUCAGUACAGGCAAAAAUACCUCUGGUUCAAAAUACUUUUUUACAUUUGCUAAUUCACUGCAGGUCUUGGGUUUGCUGUUUGAAUCCUGGUGCUUGCUAACUUGAAAUGUGGUUUCUGGCAGUGCAUUUUAAUCAGGUCUGUUUAGGAUAAAACGUGCUUCUGCAGUGUGGGUUUUAUCUGGUGACUGUGUCUGAGAAUGCCUAGCCACCUUUAGGACUGACUAGAUGAGACAAUGGAGAAACGUUCCCGCUCUGUGAGUAUCUGGAAAUGGCAGUUUCUCCAGGUUAGUAAACCAAGAGCUCCCUUUCCUUGGUUGUCCCCGUCGGUCAGACGUGCGUCUUAGCUGGUGCUCUGUGCUCUCAGAUGCAGCUCUUUUACUCACAUCUCUAGUUAAAGCCGAUUUUGAAAGUAUUUGUGUGCAAUGUGAAACGAUUCCUAAAGUGCCAGCGCACUUCCCUGCUGGGGGUGGAGGUCUUUGAGAAGCAUAGAGUGCAUCUAAAAAUAAUAAGCAAAAAAGAAAACUACAAUCUUGCUCUUAACUUCCCCCGGGAACUUGUAAAAGGCUUCGCACAUUUUCAGCAUAUGCAAUGCAGACGUUUCAAGUAACAAAGUCUGGUUUCAGAAUGAAGAUGGCUUAAGGUGCGUUCCACACGUGCUGUCUGGCUGUCAGCUGUUUGACUUUUCAAAUGAUGGUCAAAGGCACCUCCCUCCCAAGAUUUUUGGUUCCCAGUAUUUAGACACUUAAACAUUUUUAAGCAAGCAGAGAUGCAUUUUUGGUUUAACUUCAUCAGUAUGUCAGUGAGUCAGUGCCUAGCGCUUCCUUCUGUCCAGGAUCUCGCUGUAAACAGUAGAGCUGCAUUAACAUGUUCAUUGUAGAAAAAGUAGCUUCUGAUUAGAGGUGGUGCACACUUUGGAGAUUUAGUCUUUGUAACUAUGUGAUGUUUCAGUCCUUUCUGCUGAAAGGAAGUGAAUCAAAAAAUACUAGGGCAGUAAGAAUCAGCGUUUUAAUUUCUUCUCGACAGUGCUUGAAACACUCAGUAUUCCUUAAAGUUCAGAUUAUUCCCAAGUCCGAAAAGAAAUACACAAAAUGUUAAAGCCAUUUUUGUGGUAGGGUGGUGGAUUUUCUUCUUCUUUUCAAAAUGUAAUGUGCUUAUAUUUUAUAAUGGAAGAAAUAAAUAUAAAUGUUCAAUUUA